CAGAAACCCGAAGUCGAACUUUCUGUCGUCAUCCCUGCUUAUAAUGAAUCCAAACGCCUUCCCAAGAUGCUAGAAGAGACUCUUACGUAUCUAAUAAAGCGCAAAGACUCCCAACCAAAAUUUUCUUUUGAAAUAGUUAUUGUUGAUGAUGGCAGUACAGAUGAUACGUACCAGUAUUCAUCCGAUUUGGUUAGAGUUCUUAAACUCAAGCGAAACCGAGGCAAGGGUGCCGCUGUCCGAAUUGGUAUACUGUCAGGCAGAGGGAAAUAUCUAAUGUUUGCCGAUGCUGAUGGGGCUACGCGUUUUCAAGAUAUCGAAACUUUGGAAAGGGUAAUGACAUCAAUGAUUGUCUCGAAAAUGGCCGUUAUCUGUGGAUCUCGGGCACACCUACAGGAAAAGGCAACAGCCAAACGAAAUCCGCUGCGAAAUUUGCUCAUGCACGGUUUCCACUUUGCAGUUUGGCUUUUAUGUGUUCGUGGCAUCAAGGAUACGCAGUGCGGUUUUAAGCUAUUUAGUCGCCAGGCAGCACGCUUGCUCUUCUUUAAUCAACACGUUGAACGUUGGGCAUUUGACGUGGAACUGCUUUACCUGGCUCGACUUCUUUCUGUCGAUAUUUGUGAGGUCCCAGUAAACUGGCAUGAAGUUGACGGUUCCAAAAUAAUCCCUUUUUUCUCGUGGUUCCAGAUGGGAAAAGAUCUGCUUCUAAUACGCCUGCGUUAUGCCCUUGGCGCAUGGAAAGUAGAACAAUCUCAUCAUCUGGAAUAA